UUUGCAUUGAAACGACGGGAAGCGGUAGACAGAGGCGUUUCUUGUGCAGAAAAAGUGAUCUGCCUCACAACAACAUCCUCCUCGCAGUGUCAGCCAUCUCUAGCAUCCCAUCUCUGGUACUUGCUUGGUCUCUACUGUCCUGUCUGUAACAGGCAGAAUGGCGUGUCCACCUUGGCCUAAAGGAAAGAAACUGGUUCACCUGGAUCUGAAAGGUGCCCCCCCCAGGCUAGAAUACCUUCACAAGCUGAUCGAGCUGUUCUCUCAGCUGGGAGUCGAUGGCCUGCUGGUGGAGUACGAGGACAUGUUUCCUUAUGAGGGGGAGCUGAAGCUGCUGCAGGCCACAGCACAGCCUGCUUACAGCCGAGAAGAGGUACUAUCUAUGCAGGAAUUUGCCAAAUCUAAGGGCAUGGAGAUCAUCCCACUGGUGCAGACAUUUGGUCACAUGGAGUUUGUGUUGAAGCAUCGGCCCAUGUGGAGCCUGAGAGAGGUGCCAUAUUGCGUGGGUACCCUGAAUCCCCACAAAGAGGAGGGGGUGAGGCUGGUGAUGGAGAUGCUGAGGCAGGUGGUGAAGAUGCAUCCGGGCCUAAACACACUGCACAUUGGAGCAGAUGAGGUGUACAUCCUCGGCGAGGGGGAGGAGUCCAAACUGUGGCUGGCCUCACCUGGACGCACAGUGGAGCAGCUUUUUCUGAGUCAUGUGACCAAAGUGGCCAAGGCCAUCAAGGAGGCGUGGCCUCACAUGACCAUCAUAAUGUGGGAUGAUAUGAUGAGAAGCAUGAGCGAGGACACACUGAAAGAUAGCGGUCUAGUGGGACUCGUCCAGCCCAUGUUGUGGGACUACACCCCUAAUCUGGAUGUGGACAAAACUGUGUCUCUGCUGGAGAAGUACUGCAGGGCUGGCAUGUCAGAUCUGUGGGCGGCCAGCUCCUUUAAAGGCUCCACCAGUGUUUACACCUGUGUGCCCAGCACACAGAGACAUGUGGAUAAUCAUUUGCAGUGGCUGAAGGUGGCUGCUUCUUUAUCUGCUGGUGUAAAGCUACAGGGCAUCGCCAUCACUGGCUGGCAAAGAUAUGACCACCUGUCGGUGCUGUGUGAGCUGAUGUCUGUGGCUCUUCCAUCACUAGCGGCCUGUCUCCAGACACUCAUCCAUGGCCAGUUGAGUGCUGAGGCUCAAAGCAAAGUAACUGAGAGACUGGGUAUUUCCUCGGUGGAGGUGGAGGCAAUGGGCAGGACUUCCGCAGGUGACUCGCUGUUCCCAGGAAGGAGGCUGGCUGAGUUAACUGUGGAGCUCAAUUCACUGUUGAACUCAGAGGACAUACGAUUGUUUGAAAACGACAUGUUUGUAAGAGGAUGGUUCAGCCCCUACCACCGACGGAAGAAGAUGGUAACCCCUCUCAUCACCAUGCAGAUUCACAGCCAAGCAUCAACGUAUUUGACUACAUUACAACAGAAGGUGGAGGCCAUUAGAGAAGAGAUGGUGCGCCUUUAUCCAAAUUCAACAGCCCAGGAGUGGAUAGAGGAACACGUCAGCCCAGUAAUGGCUCCUUUACAGAAGAUAACAGAGGAUAUCAGAGCCUGUGUGAAGGAGAUGGUGCCAUAGAAUAUUUUGCCAGCUCAGAAUCAAACUUGCUUCUUUGUUUAAUUCCGAAACUAAACUCUUAAUUUUUUGCGUGAUUUUAUGUGUAAAUUUGCGCUUACCCAAGAGCAAAGUGGUGUAUGUAAAUUGCACUAAUUAUGGCAAAGAAAGGAAAUAUUAAAAGAGGACUUUGGGUUUAUAAAAACAACUUUAUAUAAUUCCUCCAAAUGUAUCAAAGUAAACAAAGACAAUAAAAUCAACCAACAAAA